AUGAGCACCACAUAUCUGCAGACCUCUUCCUCCACCUUUGGGGGUGGCUCUACCAGGGGGGGUUCCCUCUGGGUUGGGGGAGGCGGCUUUGGUGGGAGGAGUCUCUGUGGGGGCGGUGGAAGCCGCAGUAUUUUGGCUUCUUCUGCUAGGUUCGUGUCCUCCGGGUCAGGAGGGGGCUAUGGGGGCGGCAUGAGCUGCGGCUUCGGUGGAGGGGCUGGUAGUGGUUUGGGUGGUGGGGGCUUUGGAGGUGGCUUUGGAGGUGGCCUUGGAGGUGGCUUUGGUGGGGGUUUCGGUGGUGGCUUUGGUGACUACGGUGGUGGCGAGGGCAGCCUCCUCUCCGGCAAUGAGAAGUUCACCAUGCAGAACCUCAACGACCGCCUGGCCUCCUACCUGGACAAGGUGCGCGCCCUGGAGGAGGCCAACACCGAUCUGGAGGUGAAGAUCCGUGACUGGUACCAGAAGCAGAGCCCCAGCAGCCCUGAGCGGGACUACAGCCCCUACUUCAAGACCAUCGAGGAGCUGCGGGACAAGAUCCUGGCGGCCACCAUUGACAACUCCCGCGUCAUCCUGGAGAUUGACAACGCCCGGCUGGCGGCGGACGACUUCAGACUCAAGUAUGAGAACGAGCUGGCCCUGCGCCAGAGUGUGGAGGCCGACAUCAACGGCCUGCGCCGGGUGCUGGACGAGCUGACCCUGGCCAAGACCGACCUGGAGAUGCAGAUCGAGGGCCUGAACGAGGAGCUGGCCUACCUGAAGAAGAACCACGAGGAGGAGAUGAAGGAGUUCAGCAGCCAGCUGGCAGGCCAGGUCAACGUGGAGAUGGACGCGGCACCAGGCGUGGACCUGACCCGCGUGCUGGCCGAGAUGAGGGAGCAGUACGAGGCCAUGGCGGAGAAGAACCGGCGGGACGCCGAGGCCUGGUUCUUCAGCAAGACAGAGGAGCUGAACAAGGAGGUGGCCUCCAACACAGAGAUGAUCCAGACCAGCAAGACGGAGAUCACAGACCUGAGGCGCACGAUGCAGGGACUGGAGAUCGAGCUGCAGUCCCAGCUCAGCAUGAAAGCAGGGCUGGAGGGUUCGCUGGCCGAGACUGAGUGCCGCUACGCCACGCAGCUGCAGCAGAUCCAGGGACUCAUCAGUGGCCUGGAGGCUCAGCUGAGUGAGCUCCAUAGUGAGAUGGAGUGCCAGAACCAGGAGUACAAGACUCUGCUGGACAUCAAGACGCGGCUGGAGCAGGAGAUCGCCACCUACCGCAGCCUGCUGGAGGGCCAGGACGCCAGGCAGGGGCGAGGGUGCAGGGGGAGGAAUGAGGGAGGGGCCGGCGGUGGUGGCAAAGUUCGCAUCAACGUCGAGGAGACAGUGGACGGGAAGGUGGUUUCUUCUCGCAAGAGAGAGGUCUGA